AUGUUCAUAACAUUGCGCCUUAUGUUACUAUUAAUCAUUGCAAUAUUCCUUUCACUCUUAACAAAUACUAGCCAAAUGGUAUAUCCAAAAGGAAACAACAUCAACAACAACAAUAUGUUAAGGAAGCAUGCAGUGUCACAAGGUGAAGUUAAGAAUGUUCAAGCAUAUCUUAAGAACUUAAAGUCGAGCGGGAACAUGAAAGGAAGAAACAAAGUCGCGCUUUUGGAUUGUAUAGAGACUUUUGGCUAUGCACUUGAUGAGCUUCACAAAUCACUUGGUGUGCUUAGAAGGUUAAGCAAAAAGACUUUUAGUACACAAAUGGGAGAUCUUAAUACAUGGAUUAGUUCAGCGCUUACCGAUGAAGAUACUUGUCUUGAUGGAUUUGAAGGUGAAAAUGAAAGGCGAAUUAAAUUGCUGCAAAACAAGGUUCAGAAUGUUUCUUAUAUAACAAGUAAUGCUCUUGCUCUUGUUAACAAACUUGCUUCUACAGGUUUCGAAAGUAGUAUUAUUGAUCCAUAG